UACGCUAGAGGAACUGCGGUUGGUUACGCCUUUUUAAUCCUCCCUUUUCAGCAGGGAGUCUGUUCUGCUAGAUGUCGUCUUGCUGAUCUUUGGUAUCUAUCUAGGGCUCACGAAUCCGAGAAGCAAUAUUCGUGUCAGUUCUGCAAUAAUCGGUUUAAAAAUAAAAACGAGGCCGAGCGGCACCAGAAUUCUCUCCAUUUGCGCCGCCAUUCGUGGUCUUGUGCUGCGCUUCCUAGCUAUCAGGCUGCCUUCCACCCAUCUACAUCACCCAGUGCACAGACCAGCGCGGGUCCAUCUCACGACACCUGCGGUUAUUGCGGCGAGGAAUUUCCCAAUUUUCCUCAAGCAGACUGGGAGCGUCGGUUUGAGCACUUGACUAGUGUGCACAAAUUCGGCGAGUGCAACAAUGUCAAGAAAUUCUACCGGGCGGAUCACUUCCGACAGCACUUGAAGCACAGCCAUGCGGGCACGAGCGGCAAGUGGACCAAUAUUCUUGAAAAUGCCUGCAUGAAGGAGGAGCCACAGUCUGAGGCCAGACUGGGUAACAUCAAUGAACAGGGAUCCAGAAGACCGGACCAUACGAACGGUGGAGCUGGCUCCACAACGUCAGGCACGCGUACCUCGAAUACUAUCGACGAGGUCAUGGACGAAUCGUGA